GAAGCAGGGGGACGACGUGACAGCGUGGGACCGGGAGCAGGGAGGCUACGGGGGUAACGGAAGGAACAAAGACCGGAGACCGGCACGAGGGAGGAGCUUGGUGACGCCCAGAGCAGGGUGGGGCGAGAAGCAAUGUCAAGUCGGCGCGGGUCGCGCGCUUCUGCGUCUAUGUGGAGCCGGUGGAGCAGCUGCUGUCUCUCUGGUCUCUUUCUCUGAACCAGAAUGUUGACCCAAGUGUCUAACAUCAGGGUCCAUCUCACCUGCCAAUGUUCACUCCAGGAUCUUGUGCUGAAAGGCAUUUCCAAAGUGCCUCGUGUCCGCCUACAACUCUGACCUACACAGCCUGGGAAGCGUAGAGGAGACCUGAACCAGUUUAGUGUCUUCUUUGAUCUGGAACCCUACAGUGACCGUGAUGUCCAUGGCACACCGGCUGCAGAUACGUCUUCUGACAUGGGAUAUAAAGGAUACCCUGAUCAAGCUCCGCCGUUCUGUUGGGGAGGAAUAUGCCAGCAAGGCCCAGGCCCAUGGGCUGGUGGUAGAUGCCACAGCCCUGGAACAAGCCUUUGGACAGGCAUACCGAACUCAGAGCCACAACUUUCCCAACUAUGGCCAGAACUGUGGCCUUACCUCCCGUCAAUGGUGGAAGGACUUGGUCCUCCACACCUUCCACCUGGCAGGGGUCCCAGAUGCCCAGGCCAUUAUUCCCGUUGCUGAUCAUCUCUAUGAGGACUUCAGCAGUCCCUCCACCUGGCAGGUGUUGGAGGGGGCUGAGACUACCCUGAAGGAGUGCCGCAAGCGGGGUCUGAGGCUGGCUGUGAUCUCCAAUUUUGACCGACGACUAGAGGACAUCCUAGUAGGCCUUGGCCUGCGAGAACAUUUUGAGUUUGUUUUGACUUCUGAGGCAAUGGGCUGUCCUAAACCAGACCCACGAAUUUUCCACGAGGCCUUGCAACUUGCUCAUGUAGAACCUGCAGUAGCAGCUCAUAUUGGGGAUAGUUACCCCUGCGAUUACCAGGGGGCUCGGGCUGUGGGCAUGCACAGCUUCCUGGUGGUAGGUCCAGAGCCUUUGCACUCCUCAGUCAGAGAUUCUGUACCUAAAGAGCAUAUUCUACUCUCUCUGUCCCAUCUUCUGCCUGCCCUUGACCUUCUGGAGGCCUCAAGCCCUCUUGUCACAAGUCUGACGGGGAAGUAGGUGGGACCAAAUAAAUAUUCUUUCUCCCCUCUCCUA